CGGGAGUGGGGAGGCGGGCUACAUGAGACUUUCGGCAACCGCUGCUGCCUGGUAGGCGAAGUUCGCAAUGAAACAUGCUUUGUCCGGGUCUGCCAAGUUCGCAUCGUAGCUGUCGACGUUGAAGAUCACGGAGCCUGCGUUGCGACUCAUCACAUCUCCUUGUGCCUUCAGUUAUUUUCUCGUCGUGAACUUGUGUCUGUCUGAGCUUUCUUGGAUUCCGUGCGCGAUAAAUAUUCGUUAGUGCCCCGACUUCUUAUCUGUUACGUAAACAAGUGCCAGCGAGUGACGAUCUCGGCAGAUGUUAAGCGAAGCGUCAACUACAACGGAAAAGAAAGAAGCUGCAAGAGACGAAUAUGAUUCACGAAUCUGCAAAUAACUAUACAUCAGUGUGAGCCCAUAGUGAAAAAAAAUUGCCUUCUAUCUCUAAUCUUCCACAAAAUUGCUGCAGGCUACAAAGCUUAAAAUCUGUUGUACCUAUACGUAUUCGGAACAAAGACGGAUAGCGUGAGUGGUGAAUAACUUCAGAACUGCUAUUUUAUUAGUUGUGACUUUCGUAAUGGUAAUACAGGAAGUGAUAUUCUGAAAAUGCGCCUUACAGGAAAGAUCUGUUUUAAAAUAACACUGUAAACGAAGUACAGUCUGAACAAGAGCGCAGUUUAUGGAGAUUCUCGCUAGACCUUCGUUAUAAGUAUCUGAAGGAGCGAUCUAUUGGUAGAGGAAAUAAUUCGAUAGAAUAUAUAGUCAUGUCUCUACGUCUAGACUGCAAGACUUCGCGGAAGAGUGGCUUGGCGACAGUGAAGUGGAUGAAUAUUCCUCUCAAUUUGCGAAACACACCUGAGAAUUUCAAAUAAAUGUAGUUGCUGUUUUGUGACCUAGUAGAAGACACAACUUCGCCUCCAAAGACAUUUCUGGAUAUUAUUUACCCACUGCGGUGUGUAGUACGUAACUCUUCCACGUGCUUAAUUAAACGUCUUCGUAAGUAAUACUGCAGUGCAUCCCAAAGCCAUCGCAAUCGAAGACAUUUUUUACUGGCAGGUGAAUAUACGUAAUGAUGGCAGAAACACAGCACUUUUGCCUGCGUUGGAACAAUUAUCAGAGUAGCAUAACAUCGGCUUUUGAAAACCUUCGUGAUGACGAGGAUUUUGUCGAUGUGACACUAGCAUGUGAUGGAAAGAGUCUGAAGGCACACCGUGUUGUCCUCUCAGCAUGCAGCCCAUAUUUUAGAGAACUCCUGAAGAGUACUCCUUGCAAGCACCCAGUGAUAGUCCUCCAGGAUGUGGCAUUUGCGGAUCUCCAUGCCCUUGUUGAAUUUAUCUACCAUGGGGAAGUAAAUGUGCACCAGCGCAAUCUCAGCUCCUUUCUAAAAACAGCUGAAGUUUUAAGAGUUAGUGGACUUACGCAGCAAGCAGAUGAAAGAGAAGAGGUGCCAGUUCCACCACACAGCUCGUUCCCACGCAAUGCCCUGCACCACAGUCUCAUGGAUGACACUUUCUUCACCUCUCCACACUCGCCACCAGUACACUCCACUCCCACCGGUGUUCCAGUCAACCAGUUGCUGCGAAGAGCUGCCAUGGCAGGCGGAGGCGGUGCCAUCACAGGUUUUGGGAGGCGGGAGAGGCGGAUGUCUCCAGAUCAUCAGCACCACAAUUUACAGGAUCCAUCGGCCGAUCAGUCACAGAUUCCGAUAACAAACAAACGGGCACGCACUUCUGAACCCACUACCGAAACAGCCCCAUGCCCCAGCCAACAGCAGCAACCAUCUCCAGCUGAUUUCUCGACUUCCAAUUUUCCUUCUGGCAAGCAGUCACACCAGGGAAACAUAAAGAUGGAGGCAGAGGGUAAUGGUGGUGGCGAGCGCGAAACUUCGCCCUCACCAAAUGGCAGGAAUGUGAUGGACGGUGUCAAGUCGGAGCCUGCCGAACAUUGUGGCACAGGAGGAGAUGUGGAGAACAGCACUGACUCUGUAGAACAGGCUGAUGAGACCCGCCAGCAGCAAACCAAAGGCGAACAAGAUGACCAUGACAGUGUUCAAGGACAGCCACCUUCCUAUCUCUCUGCUGCUGAAAGCAAACUCUUUGGUUCCAUUACCUCUGCUGGUAGCUUCAACUUCAGCAUGGCAGCACUUGCAGCAGAUCCAAUUACAGGCAUCGGCGGCCAGCCAUUACAAGGAAAUACAGAAACUCCUCCAGGCACUUCUUCACAAGGCGUGAGCUGGCCAUUUCCUACCGCCAUGCCCUCGCCAGCUGACGGCCACCUACGGUGUGACGUGUGCGGCAAAGUGCUCAGCACCAGGUUAACUCUAAAGAGGCACAAAGAACAGCAACACUUGCAGCCUCUGCACAAAGCCUUUUGUCUUCUGUGCAAUAAAGUGUUUCGCACCAUGAAUUCACUGAAUAACCACCGUAGUAUUUACCAUCGUAAACAACCUAACUUUGGUUCCAACCCACAGAAAAGUUAGGGAAUUUGAUGAAGUUAUUUGCCUUAAUAUUCUCACCUCGAUUGAUAGUGGGGGCAAUAAGUUGAGGUGUAGCCCCUGUUAGAGUAGUUCCUGUCCUUCCCCCCCCCCCCCCCCCCCCCAACAGAAUGUUGACUGAAAUUAAAUGAGGUAUAUUUCAGCUCAAUGCUUGUUACAGUUUUCUAAAUGCAUCUAAGCACAUAGUUCCUCAAGAUGUAUGAAAAUAUAUAAACAUUGUAGUGUGGAGCUCAUAAAACGACACUGGACAUUGCAUAAUUAUGUGCAAUAUUGAUUAAUCACUUUUUGUGUUUUUUUUCCAUUUGGGUGAUAAAUUUUUAUGAAGACUCCUCUGCUUUUUUUUGGGGUCUAGAUGUUUUAAAAGAAGAAAAUAAUUAUGUAAAAACCAUUGUGUAUAUGUUGGUCUGAUAUGGUCUGUGAGGGUUUUUUUCUGGUGAUAAGCAUUUAAUAAUAAUUCGUUGAUAUUGAACCAUUUUUAUAGGCGUUCUUUUUAAAAGAUGUAGCAAAAGAGUUGGAAAUGAUAUGAAAGAAUCAAUUCUAAUAUAAAAUAGAUAAUGCCAUUGCAUUUGUUUUACUAAGCUCAGGUAUCUUAUCACUGGAAGUUCCAUGUUAAAAAUAUAUUAAAAUGCCAUACAAUAUUUUUAAAUAUGUUUACUUCAUAUGCAAUCUGUAAAGCAACUAAGAUCCGACAUCAUGCCUCAUGACUGGAGUAUACGUCAAAAUACGUACACCUAUUUGGGAGUCAGUUACUUGUUGCUGCCAUAAAUAGUUGUGUAAAUUGGACUAAUAGUUAAAAAAUUGUGUUCAGCAUUUGCCCUCUGCACUGUACAAUGGAGAUUACAGUGCAGGCGACUAUGUAGUCUCUCAUGUAGGUGUAAUAAUUACACACACAGUUAUGUAUGUACAAAAGCAGAAAGAUGGCUUUGAAAUCAUUUAAUGGUUGUCUUUAGCUGCAAAGCAUCAAUCAAAAAAUCCCUAUAGAAUAAGCUGCAAGCAGUGAAUGACUAAAGCGAGACCUAUUGACAGCAAAGGGUGAGAGAAACUAGCACAGUAAUUUAGGAACAUAAAACAGCUACUCACAAGACUUGAGCUUUGUGAAUAGCACAUGCUUUCUUCUUUAGGAAGCUAAAUUACUUUUUUGUCUCCACUGUGUUUUCCCAAUGGAUGCCAACAAUCUACCUUUGUGUCGAGAAAACCCUGUAUGAAACUGUUUCAUCUGACACCUUUCACUCUGCCUCUGCCCCCCCCCCCCCCCCCCCACCUUCAUUAUUUUGGCUGUUUGUCUAUAUUAGUAGGUUUCAGGAAGCAAAUACUCAUGUUUGGUUCUGAGAGUAUAUCUCUCAAUUAGACCACUAGCUGAAAAUGUUAGUUAUCAUUAAGAUGUACUUACCAAGAAUCCGACAUUUACUCCAGAAAGUAUGCCAAGGAAGUUUUGUAAUAUUUUACAGUGAGCUGAUUGUCUAACCAUCUUUUAUUGUUUAUGUACCCUCUAUCCUUGUGGAUUUAAUGACCAUUGUUAAAUCCGUUCUCUGGAACACUGUGUGUGUUGAAUUUAUUUACUUCAUUUGAUGACAUAUUAGUUUCAUUUACCUACCUUUUUAAAAUUAUUGCAACUCUAUAGUCUGAAAAAGGUUUGGGAGCAAUUUGAAUUUUCGUUUUAGGUUGAUAUGCUCAUAUUGGAGUAUUCAGUUUCCAAUACUUCUGACAUCGUGCAGUGUCUUAGAGUAAACAGUUGAAACGUUGAUCUAGGACUCUCGUAGAUUCACUGAGUGAAGUAUAACUGGCCUACUCUUUAUAAAACUAGCCAUGAUAUUUGGGUAACUGGCAGUCAGUAUCAUUUGACUUUCAGUUAACUUGGAUUACAAAAUCUUGUCACCACUUACAGACUGAAAGCUGCAUGCUAAAUGAUGUGAGAUACCCUUAUCACCUCUUACGAGAUGGUUUUUAUUAUUUUAACCAUCACAAUUCUUCUGGACCAUCAUUGUCUUAAAAUGUGUUGUUCUUUUUUCUGCUUUUUUUGAACAAGUAUGCAUUGCUGUCACGUUCUGUACUUUUGUCAUUCCACACUCUGUAAUAAAUUUUGUGACCUUCACUGAUACAUGCAUUCAUGAACCUGCUACGUUGCAGAUGUCUUAAUUACAUUAAUAGACCAGGCAAUAGGCAUGUAAUCAGCAUUAAUUCUGAACUAUUUAUUUCUAAAAUCAACUGUUUCGACUUACACAGCAGAGAAGAAAAGAUUGGAGGUAUAAUUUUAUAACGAAGUUUGCAGAAAUUAUGGGGUGGGGACUUAUCACUCAUUUAUUGAAGAACCGGAAAUAAUUCUCGAAAUAAGUUUUCCACUAUACUAAGAGUUUGAUGCAUCAGUUGUGUUAAAUUGAUCUAACAUUAGUAGAAAAACGUGUGUCUGGUAUUUUAUUUGACAAAUAACAGUUAUUAUUAAACAUGAACUUAAGACAGUUAUGCAGUGUAUGUUGUCACACCCAUAACUUCAACAGGAUGAGUGUGUUUUUAUUUCUUUCCCCACUAUGUAAGCAAUUUAUUGUUAAAAAAUAUUAGUAGAUAAUACCUAUAUGUUCUGUAUGAGACAAAUGAAUGCAGUGUUAUAUUUUAAUUAUACGUAACCUAAUUUUUAAAUGAAAACCAGAGAAAACUGUCUCUUAGGAAACUGUUUUAAUUUUAUUGUGGAGAGAGUAAUUUUUGUACCACUUGUAUUUUUGUAUUAUUUUAUGCAGUGAUGGAUGUUAAAGACUUAUUGAAUGACAUAAAACUGAAACUGUUGCUUGGAUAAUAA